GUGCUAUAUGACCAAAAUAACUGUGCCAGGGCAACGUUUGCCGCUCCCGCUUCUUCUCCCCACUGUCGCUCUCCUCUUUAAUCGCAGUUUGAUCGUAAUCAAAGACUCGGCGUUUUUACGCUGAAGCAGUUACCGGAGCCAGAGGUUGUCCUGUCGCCGAUUGAUCGAGACUUGAGUCUUCCGUGGUGGCGGCACGGUUGUGCUUUGUGCUGGGAAGACGAGCUCUAAAACCCUACUUCUGCAGCUGCUUGAGCCCGAGAGGAAUCAGCAGUAGCGCGGUUGGCUCAUUUGAGAACCCGUUAGUGACGGCGAAAUCGAUGGACGAGUCGGAAGUCGGCAUCUUAUGCUAUAUCUCUCAGCUCCCGGGUUUCCGUGGCAUCCUCAAGCAAAGGUAUUCCGAUUUUAUCGUCAAUGAAGUGGAUUUAGAUGGAAACGUCGUUCAUUUGACUUCCUUAACUGCUCCUCCUGAGUCAGUUGAAGUCAGAGAUGGAAAUGAGACGAAGAAAAAUGAUUAUCUCAAUAAAAGUUAUGAUUCAGAAGUCGAAUCAUUUCGAGCUCUUGCUGGUGAAGCAGAUGCUGAUCUUCUCAAAACUUUGAUUGAUCAAGUCACUUCUGGCCCCAAAGAGAAUAUCUCGGCUAUAGUUCUUUCUCCAAACUCUGAUAAAACCCAGCGAACGGCGAUUCAUAAUUAUUUUAAAGAGAACUUCAAGUUUCUUGUUACUGACACCAUUGAUGGACCGGAUGCCUCAUCGAAGUCCAUUCGGGUGAGGCUGUAUUCUGGAGGUGAGGGCAAUGGCAGAAACUCAAGGAAAAGGAAAGAACGAGGUGAUAAGCCAUUUGACAGCAGAGGUUCCAGUAGUUGGCCGGAAAAUGUUGGCAAGUUCCUCAGGUUUAAUCUUUACAAGGAAAAUAAGGACACACAGGAGGCCUUAGGAAUAGUAGGAAAGAUGUUGGGUGUUCAGUCUAAAUCAUUCGGGUUUGCUGGUACCAAGGACAAGCGUGCAGUCACAACGCAGAGGGUGACAGUUUUCAAACAAUCUGCCAGCAAAUUAGCCUCUCUUAAUGAAAGGUUAAUUGGCAUUAAAGUGGGUGACUUCUGCUAUGUCAAAGAUGGACUUCUUUUGGGGCAGCUCCAGGGAAAUCGAUUUACUGUUACUCUGCGAGGAGUUCUUGCAGAGUUGGAAGAUAAUAUCAAAGCUUCAGCAGAUUCGCUAGGAAAGCAUGGUUUUAUUAACUACUUCGGCCUGCAACGUUUUGGAAGCGGUUCUAUUCCAACUCAUCUGAUUGGAGCUGCUUUACUAAGAGGAGAGUGGAAAGCUGCCGUGAGUAUGAUUCUCGAUCCAAGGGAAGGGGAACGAGAUGUGAUUGCCAUGGCACGUGAAUAUUAUAAGAAAAGUGGUGAUAUUGAAGGGACCUUGAGGCAGUUACCUCGUCAUCUUGUUGCCGAAAGGGCUUUGCUGCAGUCUUUGAAGAAGUCUCCAGGGAACUAUUUGCAAGCUCUGAGAGCUAUACCAAGGACGCUGAGAAUGAUGUAUGUGCAUAGUUACCAAAGCUAUCUGUGGAACCAUGCAGCAAGCUUGAGGGUGCAAAAGUAUGGUUCGGAUCAGGUCAUGGUUGGGGACUUGGUAUUUUGUCGGAGGGAAGCUGCUGAAAACGCAGGAACAGCCAUUGAUUUGGAAUGUGGAGCUGACAACAAUUUUGUAAAUGACUCCGAAGAUUUAGAUGAGGCAUCUGAAACAGAUGUUUCCACGGAACAAAAUGUUCUUGUUAAGGCUUUGGCUCUGGAAGAUAUUGCAUCUCACAGCUACACAGUUGAUGACAUCAUCCUACCUAUGCCUGGCUCAAGAGUCAUAUACCCGAAUAAUGAUAUUGCAGAAGUUUACAAUGAUUUGGCAAAGAAGGACGGCAUCAGCUUGGCAGGGAGCCCGCAUAACAUCAAGGAGUUCUCUAUAACGAGUUUGACUGGCGGUUAUCGACGAGUUUUCCAGAAGCCAACAGACUUCCAGUGGGAAUUGCUAAAAUACACAGACGCUCAUGUACCACUUGCGGAGACAGAUUUGGACAGAAUCACCAAAGCUGAACCUCUGAACAUGGCCGACGAAAAUGAUUCUGCUGCCAACAAUAAUUCAGUACAAGUGGAUGAUGAAAAAGGGGUGAAUGUAUCGCCAAGUAGUACUGAAGCUGAGGGCACUGAGUCAUUGGAUAGUCAUGUGGCUCUCAAGCUGAGCUUUACCCUUCCAGCUUCUAGUUAUGCGACAAUGGCCAUAAGAGAGCUGCUUAAGACAUCAACAUCUGUAGCAUAUCACAAAACACUGAAUGAGAAGAUAGGCCUGUAGGUUAAGUGUUUUAUGCCCUCUUCGUGAGUCCUAUUCCAAAGAUCUACCCCCAAUGCAGCAAGGAACCAUGAAGAAAGAGGUUCUGGAGGCUUGCUGUGAUCGAAUUUCCGGCUCUCUGUGACCAUAUCUAGUAAUGCGGAUGGCCAUCUACUGCAUCCCUGAGCUGGUGCAGCUUAAAUUUCAGGGAAAUCUUUGCCUCUGACUUGUCUCGGGUACUGACUACUCAGAAGUCAUCCUAGUAGUACUUUUUAAUCAAUGCUUGUGUCGCAGAGAUGUAUAACUUCCAACGAUAAUUUGGCAAAUUUAUUGAGUAGACAACACGAAACUUCAGCUCGCGGAAGCGAAAUUGGGGAUAUCCAGAAAGUCAUGGAGGAUGACUCCUGGGGGGAAUAGGUGGGAAUCUGCCUUUUAGGCACGUCAGAUACAAAGAUCCCCAUCCCAAGUUUCCAAAAUAUGAACAUGUUUACUUCGAGUUUAAAUUCAUCGACCUCUCGUAUGUUGAAUUGUUGACAGUAAUUCCCACCUACGUGUUUUCUCUUGAGGCCAAUGAAAUGGGCACAUUGCAAGCA